AUGGAGGGUCUCAUGGUUUUCAUAUUUUCUAAAUUACAGGUAACCUAUCUGUGUGAACGUUUGUUCUGUUGUUUUCGUCGUUCUUCCGAUGAUGAUGAUUCACAUAUUCGAUAUGAAUCAUAUUCACAGAAUCGUGGUCCAAGUUCUGUAGACCCAGAAACACGUAGACAAUUGCAAGCAGAAGCUGCUGAACGCCGACUAGCUGAAAGUUCAACACGAGGAAUUGCAGAUCCUGAAAGUGUAAGGCGAAAACAGGAACGGGCUGAAGAAAUAGAAAAAAUGCAGUAUGCUUCAGGGAAAUCAGAUAAUAAACUACAGUGGAAUGUUAAUUAACUGAUCUGUUCAUUUUAAUAUAAAUUUAUUCUACCAGAGAUCCGAGGCAUUUGUCUGAAAAUGAAUUAUAAGUAACUAACUCUGAUAAUUCUCAAGUCGUGUAUCCUACUUGUUCUUUUCUCCUUGACGCGGUAUAUUUUUCAUUGCGCGGGUGUGUGUUUGUGUGUUAAGAUGAUGCUUCCUUUUGGAGGUGUGGACACCAAUGAAAUUUUUUAUAAACUCCAUUACUCUUUACUCCAACAAAUAUCAGUUUCUUCUAUUGAACAUUGAAAUUUUCAAUGAUGGCGCUUUUUGCUUGUUUAAUUCAAAUAAAUAUUAUCUUAUCCUCCUCCGCACAAA